AUGGCAUCUACAGAACUACAACAAGGACAGUCAGGUACACCGCCGAAAUCUUUGACUACAACAAAUGAUGAAGCAGCAGCAGCUGCUGCUGCUGCUGCUGCUACUACCACAACUGAUGGUAGUACUUCAGUUGGAGAUCCAACAAAAGCUUCACAGAGUCUCCCGCAUCCACUUCCGCCACUCCCAAAACCUAGCCCAAUCCAAUUCAUUUCUAUUAUAUCGCGAACUGAUAGACCAUUAUAUAUUCAAUCUUUUCUAUCUCCGCCCAAUUCAUCGAUCAACUCAACCGAUCCACAAUCCAUGAACCGAUUCCUCAAAUUUAACUUUCUUUCACAUAUGGCGUUGGAUAUAUUCUCUUCUCCUACAUCAUUGUCACUACGUCAAGAACAAUUUGGAGAGAAUGCAGACAAUGACAGUAGUGGUGUGUUGCAACUAUUUAUCCAGGACCAAGUGAUUGUUUACGGCUACGAAUCCAAUAACGGAUUAAAAAUAAUUGUUGGCGUAGACCAAAGCAUACAAGUUGAAAUGAACAAAUUACGACUGUUGAUUAUGGACGUUUAUCGAUUAUACUUGAAAGUGAUUUGUAACCCAUUUAGAAAUUUUACAAAGCCAAUGAAUGGAUAUCAAAGUAUAGAAGUGGGAGAAGGGGAAGGAGAAGGAGAAGGAGAACAAGAUGAAGAGGAGAGGAUAUUGUUGAAACUGGGUAAGUUUGAUGACGGUAUUAAAAAGUUGGUUUUGAAAUUUAAGUAA